AUGAACUCUCGAAGUUAUUGCGUAUUUUUUUAUACUAUAUCAUUAUUUGUGUAUAUAUUUAUUAUAUAUUCUCUGAACAAAUAUGAAAGACAUAAAUUACCAAUAAAACGGUUAGAGCAUAUAUCAGCCUAUAUUCAAAAUGUGCAUAAAAAUGGAUCAUAUAAAAAAAAUAUAAUAGAAAAUGAGAAUAGCUUACAUAAUUCUAAUUUAAUUAUUAAGAUAUAUAUUGUUUGUGGUUGUAAAGGGAAAAUAAGUUCUAAUGUUUUGGGGUCAAAGUUGAAAGAAUAUAUGGACAAAAAAAUAAUAUCGGAUAUAAAAAAAAAAGGGGAUGAUAGGCCGAAUUAUUUUAUUAAAGAAAAUGAUUUAUUUGACAUAAAAUUAGACUUAAUUGAUUUUGAUAAAAUACAAAAUUAUGAACAUAGCAAAUAUUCAAGUAUUUGCAAAAAUAGUGACGAUAAUUUUAUUAAGAAUACAUAUUAUAUAUAUAUAGACGAGAAUGAUGAAAAAGCUAGUGAAUCACAUUUUAUAUUAUCAACAAGUAAUAUCAUCGAAAUAUUACAUAAAAAAAUUGAAAUAAAUAAAGAAGCAAAUAUUUAUUAUGAGAAAUUUGUAAAAGAAGCAUGGAAUGUAAUAACAAAUUUUAUUUUUUUAAAAUCACGUAGCAGGUUGCUAAAUUUUGUGCCUGAGAUAGAUUUGAAUUUUUAUUUGGCUAGCAGUUUGUACAAUAAAGAAAACUACAAAAAGGGAGAGAAUACAGAAUAUAGCCACAAAAAAAAUAGAAAUGAAACUGAGGUGAAUAAAAGUGAUGAUAUUUCUCUGAAUAGGGAUAACAACACUUGUAUUGCCACUUGGGAUUUUUAUACAGAUUUUUAUUAUCCGUAUAUGCAAGAUUUUGUGGAAAAGUUGCUAAAUAUAUUCCAAAUAAAUAUAUAUCAGCAAAUAAUAAGUAAUAUAAAUAUAUAUAAAAUAUCUGAAAAAAAAAAUGGAAAAUAUAUUAAGGAUAGUGAAAUAAAUAAAAUAACUAAUAAAACGAGAUUAAUUAUCCUAGACAAAGUUACAAAGUUUACUAAUACAUUUGAUGAUGUAAUUUUUAGUAAUAUUUUAAAAAGACCAACAUAUGAAAUACCUAAAAAUAUUAAUCUCAUAACUAUAUUUCCUAAUGAGCACGAUAUAUACUUUUAUAAUCAUUUUGAAAACAAAAUCGAAACAGCAGCUUCAUUUAUUGAGUGGGGCAUUAUAUAUAUUAACAACUCAAUGAUUAGUGGUUUAAAAAGACAACAAGUGAAAACAAAUAAACAAAUUGUGAAUGUAUCAAGCCAAGCUAAUUUGAUUAGUUCAAUUUAUAUUUCUCAUUUGAGAAAAUUUUUAGGAUUAUGCUCAAACUUUUCGGAUUAUAUAUAUAAUAUUUUUAAUCCAAAUGAAUACGACAUAAAGAAUUUAAAUACUAUAUCUGAAGAAGAUAAUAAUUUGAUUAUUUAUUCGAUAAAAGGAAAAGAUGAUUUUGAUUUUUUACUUUAUUAUAACAUACCUUUAAAAAGCCGUAUAUCAGAUUAUGAAACCUUAGGGUUAAUGAGAGAGGCUUUUACACACUAUAUAAAUGAAACUAUAAAAAAUAUGAACAAAUUUAUAUCCAUAUCAAAUAUAAGUAUAUACAUAAAAAUACCAAAUAGUAGUGUAUAUGUGUUUAAUAAUAUUUUAAAUAAUUUAGAGUGUAGUAUAUAUUAUAUGCAGGGGAAAAGAUGUGAAUACAUAUCUGACAUAAAUGAGACAAUUAUACAAAAGUUUCAUUCUUAUAUGAAACAAGACGAAUUGGAAAAUAAGUUUACUUUCAUUGAUAAAAGCGAAGAUAGCAAUAAUAAGAAUAAUAACAUGAAUAUAUCUUCCAAUAAAAUGGGAGUAUAUUAUAAGAUUGGUAUCACUCUUGCUCGAGCAGCAUACCAGGACUCAUUACAACUUUUAAAAGACGAUUCAAUAUCUAUUUAUGAGAUUAUGUCUAAGGAUUUUUUAUUGGCCUCUAUUUUACCAAUACUCAUCCCAUGCAUAUUCCCAACCAUCUUUUCCUUCUUCAGAGAAUUUUUCAAAGGAAUAAACAAAAGGACAGUAAAGGCAGAUUAA